CGAUUGUUUCCUGAAGUCUCGACAACAAUUUGUGUUGCGUGUGACUGCACAGAUUAGCUUCUUAUCCGUUUCGUACACGUUUAUUAUAUAUAAAUAUAAAAACAACAACAACCAGGAGCAGCGUAAUCCACGGAGGUGUGAUGUUUAGGAUAUUUGGUUGUCAGCAAUAUUUCUGUUAAAGAUGUCCUAUGUGCUCAAAUACACUUGGCAGGAUGAUCAAAAGUCAAGUGGAUGAAGUCAUUACUGUGAGAGUUCAGGAUCCCCGCGUGAUGAAUGAGGGAUCCUGGAACUCGUAUGUGGACUUCAAGAUUUUUCUUCAUACCAACAGCAAGGCUUUCACAGCUAAAACCUCCUGUGUGCGUCGGCGAUACAGUGAGUUUGUGUGGCUGAAGAGGAAACUACAGAAGAAUGCUGGUCUGGUACCAGUUCCUGACCUACCUGGAAAGUCUUUUAUCCACUUUAACAACACAGACUUCAUUGAAAAAAGGAGAAAGGGUUUACAGACCUUCCUAGAUAAGGUAGUGCACAUGACAGUGUGUUUGUCAGACAGCCAGCUCCAUCUGUUUCUACAGACUCAGCUUCCUGUUGGUCACAUUCAAGAUUGCGUAAACGGUCACACUCCUUUUAGUGUGACUGAAGCCAUUCUAACUUACGCCUCAUCCAAUCGUGGCUGGGCUCAGGAGGAAGAGGGCGGGCCCCUGGAGAUCUGCCCAACACCAAUUUCUUAUGAAUCAAUUGAGAGCCCAGCUCUAAAUGUUCACGCUUUACAAGAUCAAGAAGGAGCUGUAGAUGAACCUGAUCUGGACUCUGUUGACUUAAGCUUGAUGAAAGAUGACACAACUGUACAUAAUGCAGCUCAUAGAGACGGCCAAGCAGGAAGAGUACAGGACACGGAGAGUUGUGGGCACCUGGAGGUAGAGGUCCAUCAGUAUACUCCUGUGUUAGACACUCAAAAUACUAAAGAAAAUGAUCUCGGUAUACUAGAUGAGCAAACACAAAUACAUGUAAACACCAAGGACACCAAUGCUAAUGGAGUUGGAUAUGUGCUCUCUCAGGCCCCCAGUGUAGCAGAUAAGUCUCAGCCAAACCAUUUAGUUAAUCAUAAAAAAUUGGCCAACUUCUUUUUCUAACCAUAUUUGCACUUUUGAGAAGCAUGUUUAUAGUUUAUACUGUAUAAUAUUUGAACCCGAACCUAAUACUGCGUUUCUGUGAAUACACUACAUUACAAAUCUUGGUCUAUUUGGGACCUAAUUAACGUGCAGACCUAAGCUUUUUCUCAGCUAACUGCCUAUAUGUGGGUCAAGCAAGAUCAAAGAACAAAUUACGUGACCACUGGAAGUCACUGAGACAGCACUGGUGAACAAAGUAAGUUGUCUGUUAUCAUAAGGAUUCUGCUUAGCUGAAUAGAACGUGUGUGGAUUUUUUGUGCACAUUUUACAAACGAGGUGGAAGUCCUGAUUGUGGGAAUAGAGCUGAUGAACUCAAAUAUACAAUAAUGGAAGAAAUAAUUAAUGUUGUCAGCAAAUCAGAAAAAUAAAAGAAUAAUAAUAAGAAGUUCAGAAGUCAUGCGCCCCAGGGACAAAACAAAUAAAAUAUUGGAUACCAAUGAAACGAAUAGGAUUGUUUUUCAGACUGCUGAGAAAGAUAACCAGGUGGUUAGGCUGCCUGGGAAGCAUGACACAGAGUAAACAAAUAUCAAGAGGCAAAGUUAAAACCUAGUUCAUAGUGUCCAGGCUUUUAGAGACUCCAAUAAUGUUUCUUUUUUUUCUUUCUCUUUUUCAUUUUUGUCCUUCUCAGCAGUAAACUCCUGUAGGUUGAUAUCUUGAAGAUGUUUCACUUUCUCAAUGAGUGUACAAAACGGGGUGGGUGACCAUCCUCUCAUUGAAACAAACUUGAACUGCAUUGAUUUGAUUUGAUAAUUGUGAGUUAGUGUAGAUGAAUGGGAGAGAGGAUUUUUAGGAAAUGGGACACGUGCAAUCUUUGGAAACGCGUUCUCCUCAGAAUACAGGAGCUCCGGUGGAGUGCAGUCAACACAGUAAUUAUUGGCACCUAUUGGAAAAGUUUUACAUUUUAAAGUUGUUCGCAUCCUUACAGUUUACAAGUGUUUACUCCCAAGUCUCACAAACAUGUGAAUUGGUAAGACGAAAGUAUCCCAGAUAUGUGUAUAUAUAGGUAUUCAGAUGUGGUGAAAAUUACUCAGUUUCCUGAGAUCCACCAACACCCUGAUUCAGCCUAGAUUCAGCGUGGAAGAGGCAAUCAAUUUUUGGGCUAAAACUGCAAUUAAUCACUGGUUCAUCAUCGUAUUUUAUAGUAUUUAACUUUCUUUUGUCACAUACUACACCAGUAAUGGUUUUGAUUUUAGAUUCCUGUGAAAAUAACCAUACAGUUCAGUUGUUCCAUUGAGCUUAGACACUACUUUUGUGGGUUGUGCUCUAUUUUGCUGCCUUUAAAAAUAUAAUUGUGUCAGAUUACCCGAAACUCGAUAGCUUGAUAACUUUGUGGACCUCACCGUCUUCUCACCAUCUUCUUUACCAUGCAUGGGGGAAACGAGCACAUGUUUUCACUUUAUGCCAUUGUUACAUUCUUUUGUCUGAUUAACUGAUAUUUCAUUAUGUUUAUGUAUGGUUUAUACUUGUAUCUUAGUUGGUGUAGGUCAGUGUCUAAUUCCAGCUGAAAGAUGUUGGUUUUUCAGGCAGACGAUAAAGUAAAGUACCAAACAAUUCAACUGUUCAGCUGAAGAAAUACAGAAUCUAGAUGAUGAGAUGAAUUUAUUUUUUUUUACUAUUAUGAAAGUCAUUAUGUCCCAAAAAAAAAAAAGAUGUAAGAGUUUCUAAUGAAGGGUGCCAGUAAUUCUUGGGUUGACUGUAUGGUGCUGAUUAUUACAGGGGAUUAAAUAUUUUGUAUACUGCAUGCUUGUUUUUUCUUCUACCGUGAUGCUAGUUACAUGAAUACAUUAGUGACGACAUUACACUAAUGUCAUUCAGGUCACAGUGCAUUAUGGGUAGUUUUUGGGUAGAUGGGUAGAUUUCUGGGCUGCACUGAAUAUUUCUUAAUAAUGUUUUCAGACAUGGCUAUAACAGUGGAAAACCUGUAAAAAAAAAAAAAAAAGUAUAAUAUAUUGUUAAUAAGGUGCAACCCAAAAUAUAAUUUCGGUGCCUAUAAAACCAGUGCUUCAAAUGAAGCAGUGCAAAGCAGUGUGUGAACAGUCUAAUAAACCUCAAUCCAACAGAAUGUCCAAUCAUUGAUGGAAGGGGAAACAACUUGCAAAGAUGAGCACACUCCACACUCUGUUAGUUGUCUGGCUAAUAUAAAAUUAUUAAUUAACCAUAAGAGUAUGUACAUGUAUAGCAGAGUACAAUCUUCCAGAGCUCGACAACCUUCCGCAAAAUACAAGACACAGCAGAUGCUCUAGGAUGUAUAUGUUAGAAAUUGUUACAGAAUGGAGUACAGAAAGAAUAUUGUCUGCUGUGAUGAGUCUCAGUUGCUUCCGUUGGGAUUACAAGGUCAUAGAGUAAAGCAAGGCUUCAUGUGUCCUUCAUACUGCAUAAAGGGCAUGUGGAAUUAAUAAUAAAUACAGAUUAAUUAAGGCUGCAUUGUGGAUGGAAUAUGAUAGUAUUGUGCCCCUAAUGUUUUGUACCCUCAAUCCUGUUUGAGGAUAUAAUAACUUUCCUCUCUAUUGUAGUGCUACACUGCUUAUUUUACUGAUGAUUGUUAUAUAAUAUUGAGGCCACAGGAACAAUCUAGUCCAAUAGAUCGGUUGUUCUGGCUGAUUGGAAUGUUGCACAAAGCAGAAGCAUAUCAAUAUGUCUGGGGGAUAUAAGAGAACACAUGAACACAAUAUGCACAUAUUUAAUGAUGCUGUAUGCCCAGACUAAAAAAUACAAAAACAAUGUGAUUUGAAAUUUCAUGCUUAUUUUGAUUUUUUUUUUCUCCAUAUUGUUGCACUAAAAGUUGUUGUCUUUUGUUUGUUUCAUUCCACUGAUUUACAAAUGGCUGCUUAUACUGUUCUUCCAGGGAAAGGGAAAGCACUAACAGAAUAAUAGCAAAUGGUACUGUUUUCUUUGGACUACUAUUUCAGAGCAUAACUAUGACUACUGCUCUGUUAUUUUGAAAUUUUUUACUGCACAAUGUUUCUCUGGUUUAUCUGUAUGGACUACAAAGUACUACUGUGCUUUAAAGCAAAUGAAAUUGUGCUAUUCAGAACAUUUCAUUUCACCAAUUUCUUUGGCUUUUUUUAACCUAGAGUCUUCAUGUUGUGAUUUUUAAAAAUCUGUUUAAAAAAGGAAUUAAAAAAAAGAGAGAGAAACUGAACUGGCCUUCAAGGUUCUGAUAUAGGUUCUAUGUUCUAAAGAGAAAUAAAGAUAAGAAAAUAA